AUGGCCAGUUUAGUGACGAAAAAGAGUGUUUUGUUAGCGAGAUUAGUUAAAAAUGUUGGCGAUUGUACUAAAAGAUUGUCUUCUCACUUUAUUUAUUAUCCUGACAAUGAGAAACCUGUGGAAGGAGAGACUAUAAAGAUGAACAUGAUGCAGGCUAUCAACAAUGCUAUGGACCUCACACUGAAGAAUGACCCCACGGCUGUACUGUUUGGUGAAGAUGUUGCAUUUGGUGGGGUCUUCCGAUGUGCACUUGGAUUACAAGAGAAGUAUGGCAAGGACCGUGUGUUCAACACUCCGCUGUGUGAGCAGGGCAUCGCAGGGUUCGGUAUAGGACUGGCCACCGCUGGAGCUACUGCUAUUGCGGAGAUACAGUUUGCUGAUUACAUAUUCCCCGCUUUUGACCAGAUAAUAAACGAAGCAGCGAAGGCUCGCUACCGCUCGGGUGGCCAGUUUGACUGCGGAGCGCUGACCAUCCGGACUCCAUGCAGUGCCGUGGGACACGGGGGACUGUACCACUCACAGAGCCCCGAGGCUUUCUUCGCACAUGUGCCUGGACUUAGGGUGGUAGUGCCCCGUGGUCCAAUCACAGCCAAAGGUCUGCUACUAUCGUGCAUCAGAGAGAAGGAUCCUUGCGUGUUCCUGGAACCUAAGAUCCUCUACCGAUCUGCUGCUGAAGAGGUUCCAGUCGAGGAUUACACCAUACCACUUGGCAAGGCUCAGGUCUUGAGAGAAGGCUCGGCGGCGACAUUGGUGGGGUGGGGCACGCAGGUGCACGUGUUGCUGGAGGUGGCCGCGCUGGCGGAGGCCCAGCUCGGGGCGCGCUGUGACGUCAUCGACCUACAGUCCAUUCUGCCCUGGGAUGAAGACACCGUCUGUAACUCCGUAAAGAAAACUGGUCGUUGUCUCAUCGCUCACGAAGCACCUCUGACGUCAGGAUUUGGAGCUGAACUAGCUGCUACUAUUCAGGAGGAAUGCUUUUUACACCUGGAGGCUCCUAUCUCCCGCGUGACAGGCUGGGACGCUCCGUUCCCUCACGUCUUCGAACCAUUCUACCUCCCAGACAAGUGGCGGUGCUACCAGGCUCUCACUGAAAUACUAAACUACUAA